CAUAAUAUGGUGCGGGAAGCUUUGCCUAAUACGGUGCCGUUCCAGUCCAGGUUACAAGUUUCAUUCUUUCCCUUGUUUUCCCCUGUCCAAUUACACUCCAAGUGACGGUGGUGGCGCUCGGUGGCGACGGCGGCGGCACUCUCUUCAGCAACCUAACGUAGUGAUAAGGAAAAUGGCGUUCAGAGGGAAAGAGAUGAUGAAGAAAAUUCUGAAGACAGUGGGAGAGAAGGGUUUGAGUCGAAGGGAAAAGGAAUCGUUGGAGAAAUGCAUACCUCGAAGCAAGGUUGUCAUGAAUCGCGCCAAACGCGGUCUCUUCGCCGGGCGACAUAUUCAGUUCGGAAAUCGUGUCAGUGAAGAUGGCGGUAACAAGACAAGGAGAACUUGGAAACCUAAUGUCCAGGAAAAGCGGCUCUUCAGUUAUAUCCUAGAUUGCCAUGUUCGUGUUAAAGUCACCACCCAUGCCCUGCGAUGCAUAGACAAGGCAGGUGGGAUUGAUGAGUACUUGCUGAAAACUCCUUAUCGCAAGAUGGACACUGAAAUGGGCAUCCUUUGGAAGGCAAAGAUUGAGAAGUUGUAUGAAGAGCUUGGCAAUAAGGAGGUUGUAUUCUUUUCAGCCGAGGAUGAAGCAAAGUUUGAACAGGACUUUAAAGAUUUGAAACUAUCUGAAAGGGAAGCACAAAAGGAGGUCAGAAGAAAAAUGUACUCUGGGAUGAGCAAGCACAAGCUAAUUGAGGCAGAACGAAAAGAUGAUCAAUCUAUUGGCGAAGAAGAAAUCUCGCAUGAUUCAUCAAAACAGGUGGUCCCUGUUUCGUACGUCUUAGCUGCUGACAAGCUCAAAGUUGGAAGUAUUGUUUCCAAUUAAUGUUAUGCCCACCGAUAUGGCCGUGUAAGCUCUAUUAGUCCAUAGAGUAUGAAAGUCUAUGUUCUUUGAUUUUUGGAACAUGCUGGUUUUUUCACUCAGAUUUUUGUUCUAAUGCCUUAAACUUUGUGGAGCCAAUAGCAUAAUCUAUUGUGGCGAAAUAAUAAUGUAGUUCUAUAUUUCUAGGGGCACUGUAUUUUCCGAUGGCAACUUGGUACAAUCAAUAGAGUAUUGUUUUCAUUUUUCAUGUUA